AAGAAGAUUGGAGAGAGAGAAGAAACAGAGAAAGAUGAGGAGUGACAUGGCACGUCUCAGGUGUGGGAAGACGAUUCCACUGCUUGGAAUGGGAACUUACUGUCCUCAAAAAGAUCGAGAGAGCACCAUCUCAGCCGUUCAUCAAGCUAUCAAGAUUGGCUACAGACAUUUCGACACAGCAAAGAUAUAUGGAUCAGAAGAAGCUCUAGGCACUGCACUUGGACAAGCUAUCUCCUAUGGAACUGUCCAGAGAGACGAUAUCUUUGUCACUUCCAAGUUAUGGUCUAGUGAUCACCACGACCCUAUCUCUGCCCUCAUACAAACUCUCAAGACAAUGGGUCUAGAGUAUCUAGACAAUUACUUGGUGCAUUGGCCAAUAAAGCUAAAGCCAGGAGUGAGUGAGCCAAUACCAAAGGAAGAUGAGUUUGAGAAAGAUUUAGGGAUUGAAGAAACUUGGCAAAGCAUGGAGAGAUGCUUGGAGAUGGGUUUGUGUAGAUCUAUUGGUGUUAGUAACUUCUCUUCUAAGAAGAUCUAUGAUCUCCUCGAUUUCGCUUCUGUCCCUCCUUCCGUUAACCAGGUGGAGAUGCAUCCUCUGUGGAGACAAAGAAAGCUAAGAGAAGUGUGUGAAGAGAACAAUAUCCAUGUAAGUGGAUAUUCCCCAAUUGGUGGGCCAGGGAAUAUUUGGGGAUCAACGGCUGUGAUUGAACAUCCUAUCAUCAAAUCCAUUGCUCUUAAGCAUAAUGCCACUCCUGCUCAGGUGGCUCUAAGAUGGGGAAUGUCAAAAGGGGCAAGUGUGAUAGUGAAGAGCUUUAAUGGAGCAAGAAUGAUAGAGAACAAGAGAGCCUUAGAGAUUAAAUUGGAUGAUCAAGACUUGUCACUCAUUGACCAUUUGGAGGAAUGGAAGCUCAUGAGAGGAGAGUUCCUUGUUAACCAAACCACAAGCCCUUACAAAUCCAUCCAACAACUUUGGGAUGGUGAGAUUUAAAUUGACUAGGGAUGUGAGUUUCACACAUCAUCAUUCACUUCAAAAUGUAAUUCCAUCUUCACAUUCUCUUUUCUUAUGAUCAUUGAUCUUUUUCACAUUUGUGGUAUAUAAAGUCAUUAUUAAAACA